AUGUCGCAACUCACUUCAGAAGACUCGUCGGACAUGGACUUGACGCACAAAUACGCGUACAUCUCCCAUACAUCUCAGUCAUUGAAGGAUUCACAUGUAAUCUUCGUUUCUGAAGAUAAAUCGGAAGUGUUCACAGUCUCAUUACGAGAUGGUGUCUGGCACCGGGAGACUCGUAUGCUGGGAGAACAGUUUGGGGGCCUGGAUGCUGAAAAUGUUGUUUCAGCCAUCUGCCACAAGAUCAUACUGGGAACAACAACCAAUUUCUUGACACUCGUCCUAGCAGGCACUUUGACAAAGCAGCUUUUUGGAGCCUAUGACGGUGCGAGGUCGUUCUCACGAGAGAAUCUGCCUUUUGGCAUUCAAGGUGUGCAGGAGCUUAACUGGUCCAAGCAAGACAACGAACUUUCCCCACUGCACGAUGCCUUUCAAAAAAGAAAGAGAGAGGAAGGGGAACAAGUUGUCCAAGAAAAGCAUUUUGAUGCCAAAGGGAACCAGCUAGUAUGGAUGGGUUAUCUCUCGCCCUUUCUGAUCGUCAUUGACCGGUCGAUGAUGAAGACGGCUGGCCUGGUGAGAUACCACUUGCACAGUUUCACCAGCCUUUUUCGCUGGGAGCAAGCGGCGUUCCAGAUCUUUGUAAAUGUCAAUCAUCCUGGUUUCGUGAGAGAGUUCAGGACAGCGGAUCCAGCGCGCGACAUGGCUGUGGUCGCGAUGGUUGCCAUAAGAAUCUUUACAGCAGCACGGCAGCGCCUCACGCAAAAGCUCAAUCAGGGAGAGCCGGCUGCACUGGUGGAAGAUAUAAAGCGCGCUGCCUUCUACCAUAAGUCAGUGGUCAAAGAGAGCAGGCCUGAAGACACGGCACAGUCAGUCACGGCGUUGGUGCUCAACAAGCAUGCCACGACAAGCCAAAAGUCCGGACCCGGCCAUUUGAUUUCUUCAAAACACGCAACCUCUUCACCUCACGCACUUCCCUCAGACGGCCAUAAUCAUCAUCCUUCAAUCUCCACUUCAACCUCUUCAUCAGAAGACACGGAUGAUGACAAUAUGAGCAACAACAGUACCGACCAGACUGGUCAAACUAAGAAAUCAAAGAAGGCCAAGAAGACAAAGAAGAGAAACAAGCGAAAGAAGAACAAGACCAAACAAGAAGAAUCCUCUGGUGCUGCAGCCCAGGCUAAGGAAGGAGGUGCAUUCGAUUCUCAGAGCGGCAAUAGCAAGAGAAACAAGCAAAAGAAGAACAAGGCCAAACAAGAAGAAUCCUCUAGUGCUACAGCCCAGGCUAAGGAAGACGGUGCCUCCGAUUCUCAGAGUCGCGAUAACAAGCCAACACCUCCUCGUCAAGAUGCUCGUCAAGAUGCUCCUCAAGAUGCAGACCAUGACAUCACGGAAGGCUUGUCGACAGCCUUACGGCGAGUGCGUUUCAGCGAUGAUUUGGAUAACGCUCAGACAUCAGAGCCUGCUGUUGCUGAAGCUGCUGCUGCCCCUGGCCCGCCAAUCGUUCCCAAGUUCAAAUUUGACAGCAUGGAUCCACGGCUCAAAUGCCCGAAACCUGAUUGUCGCCGGAUGACUAGCUGUUGGGACUCAGCCGUUGUCAUUUGUCCAGCGUGCGGACCUGAAAGCUAUGUACGAUAUUGUACUAAAGAACAUCUCUUCGAAGAUAUCCAACGUCACUGGGUGAUGGAGUGUGAAAAGGCGAAAAUACCUGGGCCGAUCGAUCAAAAUACGAUCCAGGACAGCCAGAUACCAAACCGGUCAUACGUUGUUUGCCAGCGUCACAACCUGAUUGAACGGCACCGACAGGCAGUCUACCGGGCGAUGUCGGAUAGCGAUUACUUCAUCUUCAACGACAUUGACAUGGUUGACCCCGAAAUUACCCAGCCGACCAAGGAACAAUGGAACGCGGUGCGUGGAACAGGGCGAGUCGUGCUGCAGUUGGUAUUUCCCAACGACAUGACGCCCCAGUCACGGAGACGGCUGUUCGACCGUCACAUCCUCCAGUGCUUGAUGCUGGGGGAUCCGUUGGCCCACGCAAGUUGCAUGACUGCGUUCCAACUGAUUCGAGAGGCGCUGAUCAUCUCCGGCAAUUGGACGGAUGAGAUCUUGACGUACCUGUGCAUGCAGCUGGCAGGAGAAUGGGGCGGCUUCAAAGUGCCCACCAGCUUCUACAACGUGGACGAGGUCAACACGAUGUGGCGCAACCGAGGCCUUCUUCCGAUGAUGCCGACCAGAUGA